GCAGGGACUGGAUCAUUUCUCAGAAGUCGGAGCCAGAGUAACCACUGAACAGGAAGGAAAGAAAACAGCGAAAAACCGAAGAUAUGACUCCGUUCAAACAGAGAAAACACGGAUGUCCAUGACGGUGUACUAGAUGAAACGGUAGCGUCGUGUUGUAGUUAGACGUCGUGACUUCACCAUGGCAACACAUUCGGCUGCUCGCUGUCUGCUGGUUGUGAGCGCUCUGCUCAUGACUACUGCACAAGCUUGGCUCCAAUUGGAUGUCAUCAAGAACAACGUUCAGCCCAAAAGUCCGGUGGCGGAAAUAGGGUCUUCGUUUACUUUCAACUGCACCGUCAACCAAUCGUCCUUCACUGCGGAUGACGUCAUCUGGAAGCAUUACAGCAAGAGGGUCUCUCCGGAGUGGCAGCAUGUCGUGAACCCAACCUUGGUCCAGCUGGUCAUCCCCAACAUCACGGAAAGCUCGAAGGGAAACUACGAGUGUCGGUCGCGCCGGACCGACCAGUAUAUUGGGGGGGAGCGACUUGAAGUAGGCUACCCUCCAGAUCAGCCCAGGUUCGAGCGCUGUCAGUCCGACAAUCUCGUCGCCUUCACGUGUUGGUGGAACCGCGGUCGGGACCCGUUGAUCAGAACAGACUACAACUUGACAUACACCUUCAAUGUAGAUAAAGAGUUCCGAACUGUGAACCAAUGUGAGCUUACAUCAACGAGUGGCGAAACAGUGGCUUUCUUCUGCACCGACACAACAGCUGCCGACCUUUUACACAAAUUUGUCAUGACAGCCGAAAAUGACCUGGGCACUGUAACGUCCGACCCUGUAAUCCUUGAUCCAGGACAUUAUGUGAAACCUGCGAUUGUAAAGAAUGUGAGAACCUCCAAUGUUGGGGAAAGUGAGCUCACUGUCAGCUGGCAGUACCCAGACGGUCUGGAUGAUUCAUAUUUCGACUUGUCCUUCCAAGUGAGGUACUGGUCAGAAUGGGACCAAAGCUACAAGGAGAGGAAUGCUAGCAUGGAAACCUUCCUGGAACUGCGAGAUUUGAACCCCUACACAGAGUACACUAUCUGUGUGCGUUCCCAUCCCCUGGCUAAGGAUUAUAGUGCAGAGCCACCCACUUUAGUUUUCAAAGGCUAUUGGAGCGACUGUGCUUCCAACAUCACCGUGAGGACCCAGCCAGCAGCUCCCUCUGGACAAGUUGAGGCCUGGCUGCUCGUAACAAAGGAAAGCACGGACCAAAGAACUGUCAAGGUCUUGUGGAAGCCUUUACCGCCUUGGGACCGCCACAGUGAGGGAGUCGACUACGUUGUCACUUAUGAGCCACGGUCAGAGGGUGGAAGCAUCGUACAAUCUGAGCGAAGGACUUUCGUUUUCAACAACCAGACUACGGACAGUGGGGAGACGUUGCCAAGUGCAUUAUUCCAGGACGAGAGAACGUACGAGAUCCUUAUUUCAGCCAACAACAGUAUUGGAAGGACUUCUGAUACACAGAUGACUGUACCAAAGUACCAAGACACUCCUACUGCCCCGACGGACCUGAGCUCUGAGGUCAUUGACGACGACACCGUCCAGUUGUCAUGGCAACCUGUGUCCGCGACCCGAAGCGACCCGACGCGAUCGAACGGCUACAUCGUCUUCUGGCGGGAAUGGGUGGAGGUCCUCAGUUUGUACCAGUGGGUGGAGAAAGGCUGGGCUCACGUUGACAGCUCGCAGCGGACGUUUGACGUCAGAGGUCUAAGCGUCACCAAACCCACCAGGUUCAAGUUUGGUGUGCUGGCUAAAACAGCGGGCGGAUUCGGCACACCGGUGUACGUCGACAAUUACACAAGAAUAGAUGUACCACAAGGAUCCGUGGAGGAUGUGGAGGUGAACCCUGCAGGCCCCAACAGCCUGACUGUAACAUGGAAGCCCCACGCUCUUCAGUGGCGAAAUGGCCUCCUGCAAGGCUACAGGAUCCACUACUGCCAGGUGGCCAGCUGUGAUGAUGUAAACCAGUGCUCAGACAUAGGAGAGGUCAAUGCCCUGGGGGAAGAUACCAUUUCCCACCAGCUGGGGGGGUUGCAGCCCUUCACCUCGUACCGUGUCCAAGUACAAGCAUUUAACACUGAGGGUAGCAGUGAUCUGAGUGAUCCAGCAUGUAUACAAACUGAGGAAUCAGCUCCUUUGGACGCUCCCACCAACUUGACCUUUGUCAUCAUGGAACCUAAUGUGGUCACCCUCGACUGGAUCCCUCCUGCCACCCCAAAUGGAGUCAUCACACGUUACAUUGCCGAGAUCAACAGCACUCAAAAUCCAACAGAUCCAGAGAUAAGAGAUCUUGGUGUCAACAUGCCCGUCAACAUACCCGUCCAUGGCGUCACGAGCUACAAUAUCAGUGUCAAGGCCUGCACAGUGGAGUGUGGGCCUCUUAGUGAACCAAUCAGCUUCAAGACACCCAUUGGAGCCCCUGGUGCUCCUGGUCCACCUAUAAAGAGUCAGGCGCCUUCAGGCGACUCGUCAAUCGUACUGAAGCUGUCUGCCCCAGAUGAUACCAACGGUCCCAUACACCAUUACAUCGUCUUCUACCAACCUCAAAACAGCACCGCCAUGGCUCUGAACACCACGGUGUCUGCACAAAAAGACCCUCUGGAGGUGAUGGUUGAUGUUGGAAACUGCGAGGGGCCUGUGACGUAUAACUUCUGGGUACGGGCAGUCAACAUUGACACAAAUGGGAAGAUGCUGCCCGGAGAAAAGAGCGAUGUGUUAGAGCAGGAGAUGUGUGGUGGGGCCAUUCCAGGAGGUACUUCUGUGACAGUAACAAUCAUUGUCAUUGUGGCAGCUUUGGUGGUGACAUUGUUGUUUGUUGGAUUCCUGUUCAAAACAAACAAGGACAGACUGAAGAAAAAGCUCUUCCCCCACGUGCCUGGGCCAGCUCUGCCUUAUUACGACGAGAUGAUUGACCCCUACGAUAGCACAUACUCCCAGCUGAACUUCCCCACCAUCAACUAUAGCUACAACAACGAGAAGGAACAAGUCGACAACAUUGCAGACUUCUUAAACAAAGGUUUUGAGAGGGUCCACCUGGUCCAGAAUGAUGCCAAUAUGAACUCAACUAUGCCCAUCUCUGACACAGUCGACAAGGUGGACAAAAAGCCUCUGGAAGACAAUGCCCCUGAUGAUCGCCGCUCGAGCGGGUACAGCACUAGUACUGACCCUGCAGAUCCUAGCGACAACAGCCAGCCAAAGGGGCUGGACCCAAAGUCGCAAGAGUCGGCUGGCUCCAUCGCUCCUUACACCAAACUGGGAGAAAAUGGCGAAAACCCUCCUGGUCAGGGUCAGCCCAGUGUCAGCCCAGAGGGCAUCGAACUGGCAGAGAUGGGAGCUGCUUCAGCUGGAGAUCCUCCUGCACAAGACAAUCCGAUCCAAGAUGUCGCUGAUUACCUGAAGACCGCAGACGGGAUCAUGGAUUAUGUCCGAAUGGGAGCCGGAGGUGACUACUACAGGAAGAGUGGCACCGAGACCCCCGACUACCUUCAGACCUACACUCUCCGCCACGAUUCAGCCAACCCGGCCCAGCAGAAGGCCAAACCGAUGGACGGAUACGUCCGGGCGGCGGUGGGAAAGCCUGGCCAGUUCGUCGAACCAGACUACAAGUCACGGUACAGCCUCGAAUCCCUGCCGGUCACGUCAGGAUCAUCCGGUUACAAGUCCAACGAGAGCCAACCGAGCACCACUGUUGAAGAGCCACCGUCUCCAGAGAGCCAGCUGAAGAACUACAUCAGCAAGUCCAUGCCAAACAUCCUGCAAGGCUUCCCGUUUGCCCCUGCAACAGUUGCUGGGGCAACCAUUCCAACGCCCAUCGAAGAAAUCCCAAGUCACCAGGCCGACAAUACCACGUACAUCAAAACAGCAGGCGAGAUGAAAUGUUGAAAAGAUUCUGUGUCUUACACCGUAUCUUUGUGUUCCAGCCAGCGUCUGUCUUCUCCUAAUUCCAGCUACAAAUGUAUGUCCAACUGCCAAUUCUUUGGCAAUAACUGGCAUGUAUCGGGUCAAAGGUCACCAGCAAGACUUGGGAGAGUCUUUCCGUCAUUUGACGGAAUUUUGCCGCUCAUGACAGACAAAAAGUUUGACCAAUGCGUCAUCUUUGACAGACAAAAGUCAUCAUGUAAAGAUAUGUCCCCUAAACUAAGCUUAGUCCACCAGCAAAAUUUGCCAUUCAAAAUGCAAAGAUUUCAAAACUUUCCCAAGGGAGCAUGCCCCCGAACCCUUCCAGGAUUGUUGUGCCUUCUGCACUCAACAUGUUGUUACGUCAAACAAAUUUGAGAUGACAAAGAAAAAAAAGCAGGCUGGCUAGAAAACUUGUGUCUUCUGUUGAACUUUUAAUACCUUUUAAUUGUUUUUUUUGUGUGUGUUCCUGCUUUCAAAUGCAUUCCAGAGUAGUACAUGUUUAUGGAUAUUUUGUAUCAAUCAAAGAUAACUUUCAUCAAAGUUGUCUAUUAUGUACACAGAAAUUUAGAUAAAAAUGAGAUGAUGUAUUUUAGGCCCAGGCUCUGUAUCAAUCGAUUAUCGACUUACUGGAGAAAAAUUGAAACAUGUCAGUAAUUUUUUAUAUUACCGGUAUAUAAUGAUGAAAAAAACACAGUGAUCAAAAAAUGUAAAUAAUUUCUUUUGUGUGUAUGUUGGCUACAGAAUAACAUGUUUUUGAGUCCUGGAACAUUGUAUUGUAUCAGAAAAAGCACCUAUUACUCAAGAUUUAUCCUAGUUAUACAUGUAUGUAAAAGAGAGUGUCAGAUGUCAUUUAUAACCCUGGCAUCACACUGUAAACAAUCUUGGCCAAAUUCAGAAUUGGUAGAGAAUUUAUUAAAUUUGGACAGGUAUUUUGUUUGUUUUUUUCAAUGCGCUUUACUUUGUGAUCUCAUUAUAGCUCUGUAUGCAAAUGAGAAGAUGAAUAAUUAGGGGUAGGGCCAUCCUGCCUAGUCUGAGAAAUUGUGUUACUUGAUAGUGCAAAUUGAAGACAAAAUGUCUCAAGGCUGUUCCACCAUUACAAUUUUAACAUCGAAAUCUACCAUGAUUCUGUAUUUGUACAUGUAUCUCGUAUCUAUAUGUAUCUGUAUCAGCAUAACAGACCAUUCUACAUGACAUAGAUUUGUCAGAAGAGCUGUAAAUGUCAGCUAGUCUAAUUCCGGUUCUUCUCAGUUGGAACACAUGUACAUGUACGUCAUGUAACUGUACAAGUCAUGUCCACGUAGAUAGGUACAUGUAGGUGCUUCUCAUCAGUGGUGUGUACUGUGGUAUAAUUGUUAUAGUUACUGUAUCAAUGUUAUAUGGAGAUUCUGACACAGUAAACCAAAAUCAUCAGU